AUGUUUUCUACGAAGUCUACAAGACUUGCAUCCUCUCUGGUGGGAACGGUGCUCAGAUCGUCAGGUUCUCGGUGCAUCAUCUUGCCGCGGUUUGGAAUUCGAACUGAAAAUGGCGGUCAACUGGUAGCAGCUCUUCGAAAAUCCACAGUAAGCUUAGAGUUGUCGUCGUGCGCUAGGUUUUGAGUGUUGAUAGUAAGCUGAGAAUGCAAUAGAUUAUUAGAAGUUACAGUAAAAAUUAGUGUUCUAUUAUGCUUACGUAAGAGGAUCAUGCCGGGUUGUGGGGGAACCCAAGCUGAAGCAUUGGAAAGUCAGUAUGGUCAGUAUGUCGUGUAUUAGGUGCUUACUCCUCAAAUAGGAUUUACCACUUUUGUUAUAAAUAUUUGAUCCUUUGAUACAGUUAAAUUUUCUUAGAUAAAACCGAGGAUUUAAUCCAAACAUCUGAACUACUUGACAAGGUUUUGACAAUGAAGAAAAAAAACACCUGUUCAUAAUGCAUCUCAGUCAAUUCCAGCUGCGGCCAGGCCCCCCCGGACUACUGCGGGGCAUUUGCCAAUUCUGCUCUGCCCGGGGGCCGGGCAUUUGCCAACCCCGGGGCUAUUCCCAAGCUUUUGAUAUGCACACAGUUUCCUAUCAGAAUAUAACUACACUUAGGAUUUUAAUGGAAAUAUUUUAAACAAGCAUGUUGGUGUAAUUAUCAAGGACAGGAAAAAAUUGUAGAGGGUUGUAAAGACAUGUUCUCAAUUUUAUGCAUGCAUUUUUUCAUUGCGUAUCAAGCCAGAAUCACAUGGCAAAAUUGGGAGCUAACAGGACGUGAAUCAAAUUGAAUCAAAUUUCUGUUGAUAGCCAUUAUAUGGAAGGAUGAUCUUCAAAUUUUGAAGAUCAUCCUUCCAUAUUUAUAAAAUUAUUCGACAUAACAUAUAACUUUAUAGCACUCUGUUAAUGUCGUCGUGGCGUGCAGUCUUAAGAAUCCUAGCGCUAUUACAAAGGAAGACGUUAAUUGAAACAAAAAAUCGCACAUUAAAAUGCUUAAAUGGCACUAUUCGACUGUGCAAGCUGACAGAGGACGGGGCAUUUGCCCUCUUUUUCAUCCCCAGCUCGGGGGAUUUGACAGCUCAAGAGUCCCCACCCCCGGGAAUUUGCCAUCCAAGGCAAAACAAAUGGUAAUGCCCUGGGAUCAGCCUGGGGGUGGGGGGGAGGGGGGCUGGGCACAGCUGGAAUUGACUGAUGCAUAAUCAGGAAGGGCUUGCAUUUUUGAGCCUUUAAAAGGUAUCAUUGUAUUACUUUCCUUCCCUUAAAUAAUUAUUGUCAGGAUUUAACAAUCGUCAUAGUUACCAACACAUACACCUGCCCCAUAUUGAAAGGAGCUCUCCCAGGAAGGGGGGCGGGGGGGCUACUUCCUAUAAUGGCCUAUAUGGGAAGGCUCUGCCGCAAAGGAGGUACCUUUUUUAGGGUUCAGCCAUAUAAGAAGGGUACGGAUUUCACUUGAAGUAAAUGAAGGGGUAGGGAAAUCUGUCUUUUCGGUCAGUAAAAGGACCCCUAAAGACUAACAGAUGCAUUUUAUGCCUGUGAAAAAGUUGAGAAAACUUUCUGGUUUUGAUUUAUUCAUAUUUUGAACACAGUGCAUUUACAUUGUACAUCAGUUGAAAGGGAUGCAAAGUUCUAAACUAGGAAUAUGAAAGGUGUACCGUUGGCUAAUAGAAGGUAUGUGAAAGGGUUACCUUUUCUGUAGCCUGCGAAAACAGCCGUUUCUCCUCGCUCCUCGCCACUGGGAUGUUUCACGAAAAGGAACAUCAGAAAUUCCAUACUGACAACGUAUAUCAAUGUUUACAUAAUAAAUCCAGUAGUCAUGGGGUUCCAAAUGCAAAUUUGUUCAAUUUUAUGUUUCUCCUGGUCGAUUUUCAUAAAGUGUUAUGUUAACCUGUGAGUGAGCUCCAGCAAAACUCAAAUGCUUCUUCUAGAGAAGAAUAUAUUCCACAAAUAUUGACUGUUUCGUUAUAGAUUCAUCGCAUUUACAUUUGACCUUUUUAGCUUUUUGUCUUUUGUCUGUCAUUCAUAAACAAUAGCUAAAACAAUGUAACUACUCUGUCGUACAAUCAGCACUUAUGAUUGGAUUCCAGACCGUUUUUACGUCAUCAGUAUGUAAUUUCCUUAAAAUCCAAUUUUCCUUGAAAAGUCCUUAAAUAUCUGUGCAAGUCCUUGAAAAGUUCUUGAAUUUUCUUCAACUUUGAAUGUAGUAGCCUGAAGAGAGUUUUUUGAUGCUUUUUGGUUGUCCAAAAAGCAGCAAUGUUUUAUGCAAUCAUUAAAUAUCAAUUUAAGACAAGUGAACUGAAAAAUUUAGAGAAGUUGGCAAAGCAAACAGUUCAAGCCAUAAAGUCUUAUUUAGAAUGGACUGGGAAUGUGCAUUUUUCUGUGAAAUUAUAAUCCUAGUAGGUGGUCCUUGAAAAUCUGAUGUGGUCCUUGAAAUGUAAUUGAAAUGUCCUUAAAAAAUUAAUUGUUGCAAUUUUUUGUGCGAACCCUGUAUAAAGCCAGCUAGGUAAGGGGUUGGCCUUGGGGGCCAGAGCCUCCCCAUAUAAAACUACCCUGGGGGAGUUCCCCACCUGGCAGCAGGCUCUCUUGUGGGAUACAUAAUUUCUGAAUAUCUGUGUUGACAUAGUUGUAUUUACCAGGUUUGUCUGUUGUCGACGAGUACCGUGCACACUGAGAAGCAGCUACCACAUUUUAAAGAGAGGGAACAGAUUAAAGAAGCUGAAGGAGAUGAUGAUCGCACACUGGGUAAUGAAGUGUACAGGAUGCCUCAUCCUAUUUGGUAAGAAAAGAAAACAAUGAGCGUUAUAACUCAUUAUAUACAGUGUAAAUCUUUCUCUAUCACUUCUUUUUUUGAUUGGCUCUAAUCUCACAAAAAAUUAUGAGAUUUUGUGUUGACCCAGAGCACUUACAAUUUGUGUGGAAAAGCUGGUCAAUCCUUUUAGAAUGCAAAUGGAUCAGUUUAUUCUGGUGGAAAUUUUAUGGGAAAAAAGUAGUACUUUUCUUGCUUUUACCAUAACAUCCACGGAGGUACUCCAUAUAGUAAAAGGGACAGGGGGAUGAUCCAAGGAUUUUUGGGGGGUUCGAAAUUUUCAAUUCGGGGAUUUUUUGGGUAGAAAAUUUACCAAAUAUUUUUUUUGGUGGCUUAAUUUAAGUAAGGUUUUUUGGGGGUUAAUUCAAAACAAUUGGUGGGAUUGCCCACGUAUUGCACUUGCAUAGUUCUGCGAAUAAAGUACAACCAAACUUGUUAAUACGGCUCAGAAAUUCAGCAUCGGAUUUUUUGAGGGUUAAAUUUUGGUUGACGGAUUUCUUUUGGGUUUUCAUUUUUGCCUUCAUUGGAUUAUCCCCGUCACUUGAAAUCCAGAGCACAUCCCCUCCAAGGCCAAAAUGACCAAAACUUUCUUACCAUUUGCAUGGAUUACAAGCACCCAGCUUCCUUUAGUGAGAAAGAGAAAAGUAUAUCCGUAUUUUGCAAAUAGUACAUGUACAACUCAAUGCUACCACUGUUUUUGGUGUGAAAAAUGAAGCCAUUAUGUACCAUUUGUCAGCUAGUAAUUUUCACCAAAAUUUCUGGACAAAUAGUAUACAAAGCACGUCAAAUUUAGGAGAUGAUUGGGAUAUCCGAAAAAUGCAGGGUUAUCAAAAGAUGGCUACUUUAAGGUUUUCGCCAGCGAGAAAUUGUUGGAGAAAACAGAAAAAAAAUAAACCAUAAAAAAACCUUGUCAAAGACAUUGUUUUAAUCAUGUCCUGCAUAAUUAAAACGAUACAGAGGAACACAUAUCACUAGGAAUAUGUGUUUCCCAGGUGGGGGAACACAUAUCACUAGGGAUAUCUGUUUCCCAGGUGGGGGAACACAUACCACUACAAAUAUGUGUUUCCCAGGUGGGGGAACACAUAUCACUAGGGAUACAUGUUUCCCAGGUGGGAGAACACAUAUCACUAGGGAUAUGUGUUUCCGAGGUAAGGGAUCACAUAUCACUAGGGAUAUGUGUUUCCCAGGUGGGGGAACACAUACCACUACAAAUAUGUGUUUCCCAGGUGGGGUUAACACGUAUACUAGGGAUAUGUGUUUCCCAGGUGGGGGAACACAUAUCACUAGGGAUAUGUGUUUCCCAGCAGGGAGAACACAUAUCACUAGGGAUAUGUGUUUCCACAGUGGGGGAACACAUACCACCACAAAUAUGUGUUUCCCAGGUGGGGGAACACAUAUCACUAGGGAUGCAUGUUUCCCAGGUGGGAGAACACAUAUCACUAGGGAUAUCUGUUUCCCAGGUGGGGGAACACAUACCACUAGGGAUAUGUGUUUCCCAGAUGGGGGAACAAAUAUCACUAGGGAUACAUGUUUCCCAGGUGGGGGAACAAAUAUCACUAGGGAUAUCUGUUUCCCAGGUGGGGGAACACAUAUCACUAGGGAUAUGUGUUUCCCAGGUGGGGGAACACAUACCACUAGGGAUAUGUGUUUCCCAGGUGGAGGAAAAAAAUAUCACUAGGGAUACAUGUUUCCCAGGUGGGGGAACACAUAUCACUAGGUAUAUCUGUUUCCCAGGUGGGGGAACACAUAUCACUAGGGAUAUGUGUUUUCCAGGUGGGGGAACACAUACCACUAGGGAUAUGUCUUUCCCAGGUGGAGGAACACCUAUCACUAGGGAUAUGUGUUUUCCAAGUGGGGGAACACAUAUCACUAGGGAUAUGUGUUUCCCAGGUGGGGGAACACAUAUAACAAGGGAUAUGUGUUUCCCAGGUGGGGGAACACAUAUCACUAGGGAUAUGUGUUUUCCACGUGGGGGAACACAUAUCACCAGGGAUAUGUGUUUCCCAGUUGGGGGAACACAUACCACUAGGGAUAUGUGUUUCCCAGUUGGGGGAACACAUACCACUUCAAAUGUGUGUUUCCCUGGUGGCGGAACACAUACCACUAGGGAUAUGUGUUUCCCAGGUGGGGGAACACAUAUCACUAGGGAUAUGUGUUUCCCAGGUGGAGGAACACAUACCACUUGGGAUAUGUGUUUCCCAGGUGAGGAAACACAUAUCACUAGGGAUAUGUGUUUCCCAGGUGAGGAAACACAUAUCACUAGGGAUAUGUGUUUCCCAGGUGGGGAAACACAUAUCACUAGGGAUAUGUGUUUCCCAGGUGAGGAAACACAUAUCACUAGGGAUAUGUGUUUCCCAGGUGGGGGAACACAUAUCACUAGGGAUAUGUGUUUCCCAGUUGGGGGAACACAUACCACUUCAAAUGUGUGUUUCCCUGGUGGCGGAACACAUACCACUAGAGAUAUGUGUUUCCCAGGUGGGGGAACACAUAUCAGUAGGGAUAUGUGUUUCCCAGGUGGGGGAACACGUGGCCCUAGGGAUAUGUGUUUCCCAGGUGAGGAAACACAUAUCACUAGGGAUAUGUGUUUCUCAGGUGGAGGAACACAUAUCUUAAGGGAUAUGUGUUUCCCAGGUGGGGAAACACAUACCACUACAAAUAUGUGUUUCCCAGGUGGGGGAACACAUAUCACCAGGGAUAUGUGUUUCCCAGUUGGGGGAACACAUACCACUAGAGAUAUGUGUGUCCCAGGCGAGGGAACACAUAUCACUAGCGAUAUGUGUUUCCCAGGUGGGGGAAACAUAUCACUAGGGAUAUGUGUUUCCCAGGUGGGGGGAACACAUACCCCUAGGGAUAUGUGUUUCCAAGGAGGGGGAACACAUAUCACUAGGGAUAUGUGUUUUCCACGUGGGGGAACACAUUUCACUAGGGAUAUGUGUUUCCCAGGUGGAGGAACACAUACCACUAGGGAUAUGUGUUUCCCAGGUGAGGAAACACAUACCACUAGAGAUAUGUCUUUUCCUGGUGGGGGAGCACAUACCACUAGGGAUAUGUGUUUUCCAGGUGGGGGAACACAUAUCAUUAGGGAUACGUGUUUCCCAGGUGGGGGAACACAUAUCACUAGGGAUAUGUGUUUUCCAGGUGGGGGAACACAUAUCACUAGGGAUUUGUGUUUGUCACGUGGGGGAACCCAUAGCAUUAGGGAUAGAUGUUUCCCAGGUAGGGGAACACAUAUCACUAUGGAUAUGUGUUUCCCAUGUGAUUGUACACAUAUCGCUAGGGAUAUGUGUUUCCUAGGUGGAGGAACACAUAUCACUAGGGAUAUGGGUUUCCCAGGAGGGGGAACACAUAUCACUAGGGGUUUGUGUUUCCCUGGUGGGGGAACACAUACCACUAGGGAUAUGUGUUUUCCAGGUAGGGGAACACAUAUCACUAGGAAUUCGUGUUUUCCAGGUGAGAGAACACAUAUCACUAGGGAUAUGUGUUUUCCAGGUGGGGGAACACAUAUCACUAGGGAUAUGUGUUUUCCAGGUGGGGGAACACAUGUCACUAGGGAUAUAUGUUUCUUAGGUGUGGGAACACAUAUUACUAGGGAUAUGUGUUUCCAAGGUAAUUGAACCCAUAUCACCAGGGAUAUGUGUUUCCCAGGUGGGUGAACACAUAUUCCUAGUGAUAUGUUUUUCCCAGGUAGGGGAACACAUAUCACUAGGGAUAUGUUUUUCUUAGGUGGGGGAACACAAAUCACUAGGGAUAUGUGUUUCCAAGGUAAGGGAAGACAUAUCACCAGGGAUAUGUGUUUCCCAGGUGGGGGAACACAUAUCACUCGGGAUAAGUGUUUCCUAGGUGUGGGAACACAUAUCACUAGGGAUACGUGUUUUUUAAGUGGGAUAACACAUAUUUUAUACUUGGGAUAUGAGUUUCCCAGGUCUGGGAACACAUAUCACUACGGAUAUGUGGUUCCUAGUUGGGAGAACACAUAUUACUAGGGUUAUGUUUCCCCAGUAGGGGAACACAUACCUCUAUUGAUAUGUGUUCCUCUACUUGGAAAACACAUAUCGCUAGUGAUAUGUGUUUUCCAGACAGCGGAACACAUAUCAUUAGGGAUUCAUGUUUUCUUUAUUGGGUAUUAAUUAUAACGCAGCGCUUAACCUAUUCAGCCCCUUAUGUAUUUUAUUUAACUGCAAGGAAGCUUUCCUGUUUUUUUUUCCUACAGUUCCAAUUAAGUUUUAGUUAUUUUUAUAUUUUCAUUUAACUAUUAUAAUGUGUUAUAUUUCAGGUCAGAAGAUGAUUUGCACAGUGUAAAAAUUACCCAUGAAGACCCAGUAACUAAAGUUGACAAGGUACAAUAAAAAUUUUGCAGUUAUUAUCGUUGUAUGCAUGAGAGUUACAAAGGGUGCUUAUGAUUGGGAAAUCUGGAUUUAGAUUUUAAUGCUGCAGAGAUAUCUGUUCUUGAGUUUUCCCUUUUUUGCUGUUGUUUUUUUUGGAAUUAUAUCGAAGAAAGGAUUAAGAACUAGGAACAGGAGUUUUGCACCCGCAUGCAUAAUUAGCAAAAAGAAGACCACUGUCCAAAAGAAUAGUUUUGCAAAUCCUCUUUCGGAUUUCCCAAUCGAACAGUAAAGAAGGAAAUCCGGAUUUGGAUUUGUUAAUUGAAAUCCACCCUGAGGACGGAUUUCUUGAAAGUGAAAUCCAUUUUCGGGUUUUGCGUUCAAUUGCAAAAUCUGAAAUUCUUUGUAAAAAAGUAAAUCUGGAUUUCCCAAUCGAUUGCAACCAAACUGGAUUUUUCUGGUUACCUGCAUAGAGAAUAUGCUUUUAAGGGUUGAAAAGCUUUUCUGGCUGUUAAUAUUAUGGAGACAUAAGAGACCUUUAGAUUCGAGGACAAGGACGACUGCGAGUACAAGAAUUGACGUAAAGUUUUUUCGCGUAUUCUCAUUAAUGUAGACUUCCCAGAGAACUUCAUUUUACCAUUUUCCACUAGAAAGGUUCACACUGUUAUCUUUAGUGAAGGAGGUUGCGCGCUCUUUCGAUCGCAAAAUGAUAAAACUACUAACGUUUGUUAUGAAUCUUGUUUUUUGCCACCACAACAUUUGCACUAAAAUUCAUGGUAGAAAUGAUGGUGGCUACCACCUUUUCCCGCCAAAAUGACGCUGGUUCACACUCGAGCACUGCUUAGUAUUGGGAAAAUCUCAUAGUCGUAAUCUUACUUGUCUCAGAAUCUUAAGCUCUCUAUAGACACAGAAAAGAAGAGAAAUUUUUUUAUACUCCUUAAAUUUUACAAGUUCCUGGGGGAAAUUCCAUGCCCCCAGCCCUUUAAAGCACGUAGUGACUGCCCUGUUCUGGGAUAAAAGCCAUGGAUGCUGAUGUGAAUGAUUUGGUUUGUGUGUCCUUCCAUCCCUACAAUGUCUGUGUUCACACUUACGAGACAGAUUAUCUGUCUCAAAUUAUGAAAUAGACGGAUAAACAGACAGAUGUAAUUAAUCAGACUGAUAAUUCAUUGCCCCUGCUGGGUCACAUUAAGACGGCUAGAUUAUCUAUUAUACUUCUGAGUCAGAUAGUCUGUCACUUAAGUGUAAAAACAGCCACCUGGCAUGGAUUACAGUCAUAAUCAAAUAAAGUUUUUAGAUGUUUCAGUUAAUGUUUAAAUUGCCUAUGAGGUAUUAUUAAUAAUAGUUUCGUUGUUUAACUUAAGCUUGCCUAUGGUUCAGUACAAUUUCUGAGGAUAGCAUUUGAUAUUAUUUCCUUGUACAAAGUGGGAAAGAUGACAGAGAAUAAGUGGCUAAAGUAAGUCAAUCAGUCAUUUCAAAUUUCAUGGCCUCUAAGGCAACUUCAUUUUUCUCUGCACAAAAGCAAUUUUACUACUUAAGUAUUUAUUUGUUUAAUUACAUCAGCUGUGAAUAUUUUCCCUCAAUUCUUUGUCGUCUUAUUUAUAUUCACAGAAAUGUUGUACAAUGAGUAAACCUAAAGUAAACAGCACUUUUGAAUUAUUAAGAAAAAGCACUCUAAAAAUGUUUAAUUAUUAUUAUGAUUAUAUGAUUACGAUGAUGAUGAUGAUGGCUAUUAUUAUUAUUAUUAUUAUUAUUAUUAUUAUUAUUAUGAUGUGGUAGUAGUAGCAGCAGCAGCAACAGCAGUAGUAGUAGUAGUAGUUACUUUAGUAGAAGUCGUAAAAAAGAGUAGUGGUAGAUUUUUGUUCGAUGAAUCUCAAGACCAUAAAACAGCUAUAAUUUGUGUUAAUUCAGACUCAUACAUUAUUAUUUUUUUGAUACUGGCACUUGCUUUGACGUAUGUUUUUGUGUCCUUUGAUUAUCAACAGCCGCAUUAUUAUGUUGGAGACAGUGGCAGGUGUACCAGGGAUGAUUGCGGCGAUGGCUCGACACUUUCACUCCCUCAGGAAACUAACAAGAGACCAUGGGUGGAUUCACACACUACUAGGUAAUAUUUCCAGUGAAAUGAAGGGCCAUGCAAAAUUCAAAUAUUUAUUUACUCCAACAAGCACCAAUCAAACUGUCUUAAAUUAAUAGGUUUAACCAAGGUACGUUUUUAAGUACUAAUAAUGGGCUAUUGCUAGUCUUUUCAAAAUUUGCUAGUAUUUUGACAAUAAUAUAAUUAAUCUGCCUACGUAUUUAUAACACUUCAGUACAUCUGUCAUAUUUGAGCACUCAUGCCAUGUCCCAGAAACUUGUCAUUAUGAUAAAUGUACUCGAAAACUUAGUUUUAUAGUUUUAGGUACUUAAAACUUUUCAUCAAACUUUUUUAGAGGAAGCUGAAAAUGAGCGGAUGCAUUUGAUGACAGCCUUGGAACUAAAAGAACCUGGAAUUCUCUUCCGAGGAGUUAUACUUCUGGCUCAGGGUAAGUUGUACAAAAAAAUUAUUUCGCGAUUAAUUUUCAAGACUUACUGGGUUUAAGGCAUUUUAAUGCAGGUGAAAUGUGUAACCUGUUAUUUAGCUCGAAUUUUAGUGCCAUGCUUAUGUUUUUUUUCAUAUUGCCUCUGCCUCCUCCUCCUCCACAAGCUUUUCUAAGGCUUAGUAGCAAUGCAACACAGCGAGAACCCUGAGAAGUGGAGACAAGCAAGAGGUCCCAGGAACACUUUAAUUUCCUUAAUAAUCAACUCAAAUAUCCGCCCAAACGUGAUUGUGAGUAACUGCAUUGGGAUGAGGCAGAUUUUGCCUAAUGCCCACUCGGACUUAACCAGGGGGUGGGGGGUUGGGGUUUGGUGGCUCGGGUUACAACAUAAUAAUAAUAAUAAUAGUAAUAACUGUUUGUUCACAAAUCCAUGGUAAAGUGAAAAGGAGAUAAAGGAGGUUAUCCCUUUCUAGUUUAAUCCACAGGAAAGCUCUGCCCAAAGGGCCAACCCCUUUUAUCCUUUUAUUUACCAUUUUUGACGAGGUACUCCCUCUAUAUUCCUUCUAUUGACAAAUGGUAUCUCUUUCAUAUACCCAGUGUAAUUAGAACUUUCGAUCCCUUUAACUACAGUAAAGGCACUGUAUUUAAAAUAGGAGUAAAUUACAAAACCAGAACAUUUCCCCAACUUUUUCACAGUGAUAAAAUGCAUUUGUCAGCCCUUUUGGGCCUUUCAUAAAAGGAAAUGACAGUUACCCUUUCUCGUACUUAAACUAGUGAAAUCCCUACCCUUUCAUAUACCUGAAGCCUGAAAAAGGUACCCCUAUCGGGCGGAGCCUUCCUGUAUAGGCCAUCAUAGGGAGUACCUCCACCCCUCCAGGGGAGUUAAUGUAUGAUGCAAUCAAAAUAUUUAUUAUACCUACACCUUUUUUCUUUUCCUAUUUAAACAGGUCUUUUUGUAAACUGCUUCUUCAUAGCAUACAUGUUAAGCCCCAGAUUUUGUCACAGAUUUGUUGGAUACCUAGAGGAGGAAGCAGUGAAGACUUACACCUACUGCUUAAAGGUGAAUAACCUUUUUAAGUUAACCAUCAGCUGCCUCACUUGAGAAGGUGGGGCCAUCCUGGUGGAUCCAUGGAGUUGCACUGUUCUGGCAAGCUGGCUAGAUGCUACAAUCUUGGAAAAAAAUGUUAAUUAGAAAAAUGAUUUUUGCCUUGUCUAGUUUCAAGAUGAAGCUCUUCAAGCACUGACAACUAGUGACAAAAUUAAUAAUCCCCAUUCCUCCCCAAAACAAAUAUGCUGAAGUCUGGCUGGAUCAUUUUUGUCCUUGACUGAACAACAUUGGCCAGGGUGGGACAAGGGGAGAGGUUAUAGGGGUACCAAAUCUGUCUGAUAGGCAUUCUGUGGGUAAGAAACUGCAAAAUUCUAAGCACUUUUUGUCCAAGAUUGAAGGUAGAGUUCAUUCCAAUAAUGCAGGAAUACAAAUGUAUCACUUAAAGUGACCAACAUUAUUUUUCUCCUAACAACAUCAGCAGAUUAUCAAGAGUAAAGGUUAUGAGAAUUACUUGAUUACCAAAGGGAGAAUGAUUUGAUCUUAAACCAAAUUCUCUCAACUAUUCCUAAAAAAAUGUAUAGACACCAGUUUGGAGAAUUUGUAUGUGGAUAUUAGGGCAAUAUGUCAAGGUUCACAAACUAUUAAACCCCUGCCAUGAGGCCCCAUUCCAGGCACCUGUCAAACUGGAUAAAAUUUACAGUAUACAUAUAAUGAAUAAAAUGGAUGGGAGAAAAGUAAAAAAAAAAUUCCGUCUUUAUAGCCAGGUUCUUUUAUUUAAAAAAUUUCAAUUCAUGGGCAUAAAUAUGUGAUAAAUAUUAUUAUUCAGUUAAAGCAUUCAUGUAAAAUUUUCACAGUGCAUUGAUGACGGAACUCUACCGAUUUGGAAAACAAAGCCUGCACCUCCUCUGGCUAUUAACUACUGGAAGUUAAAGGUAUUUUAAGAAAAUUUUCCUGAAAAUUAAAAUUUCUUAGAGGGAAUUUUUAAAGAGUGUGGAAGAAAAUCCAUGACUUACUAUGAAAAAUAUGUGCCAAGAAAGGAAGAGAAAGGGGGUAACAGCAAACUUGAACCAUUUACUGACAACAUCUCUCCAGCACAAAUAGUUGACUGCACAACUGAAUUUUACACAGAUAUUUGUACCUCAGGAGAAAUGGUAAAACACUGAAGCAUUAUUGGAAGCAACAGGUUAAGAAGAAUUUUAUUAAUUGAAGAUCACAGUUAUUGACACAAGUUUUGCAGUUGUGGAAAGAAAGCCUGAAAAAAGAAAGGCAUGUACGGGAUUUGAACCCUUGUCUCUGUAAAUAUCGGUGCAGUGCUCUCCUAGUUAUUGACCAAACAAGCCAACUGGGAGUGGGCCAUUGAGUUGAUCUAUUAUAAACCCACAAAAGGAUAAAGAUAUGAAAAUCAUUUGACAUAAGAACUGUGGAGCGAAUGAAUUUAUUAAAUAGUCAAAGAAUGUAUUAAAUGAAAGGAGAUUAUCACAGUUAUAGGGGAUAAGUAGAAUUCAAAGAUUAUUAAACUCAGUAAAGCACCCUCCUCACUACACAACAAUAGAGAUUUUAAGAUUCAAGGACGACAACAACUACGAGAACGAGAUUUGAUUUAAAGUUUUUUGCGUAUAAGUAGACACCCCAGAAUGCUUCAUUGUACUUUUUUUUUUUCAGCAGAAAGUUAGCACUGCUAUCUUUAUUGGAGGAGGUUAAGCCCUCUCCCGAUCGCAAAUCAUAAAACUUUUAACAUGUGAUAACUUGUUUCUGCCAUUGCGACAUUCUUGCUAAAACUCGUAGUAGAAUGACGACAAGUAUCACGUGUUCUUGCCAAAAUAAUGCUGGUUCAUGCUGGCGCUAGUAGAAGUAUUGAGAAAUUCUUCACUUGUAGUUGUACUUGUCUUUAAAUAUAAAGGUCUCUAAUAUUGUUCAGUCUGUAGCUCUGAGUUUCUAUAUAAUUUUCUUACAGGAAGGAGCUGUUAUGCGAGAUGCUAUCCUGGCCAUACGAGCAGAUGAAGCGCACCACAGAGUUGUUAAUCACACUCUAAGCUCAAUGCACCUUAAUGAGAAGAAUCCAUUUUCACCAGGCCAGAAGAAAUUAUAA